UCCUCCAAUAAUAAUAAUAUUCCAAUGAAGCAAAAAAUUGCUUUGCUUUUCUUUGUUCUCCUUCUUUCUUCUUUCUCAGCUUAUGCUCGUCUUCUUUUACAACAAGAAGGCCCAAAACAAGGUCAAAAUGAAGUGAUCAUUGCUAACACUCUUGUUCACACAUCCCACAAUGAUGAGCUAAAAGAUGAUAUUGAAGAAUUAAUGGGAUAUGAAAAUUGUGAUGAGAAGAAUGAAGAAUGCUAUGGUAGAAGGAUGACUUUGGAAGCACAUUUGGAUUACAUCUACACUCAAAAUCUCUAUCUUCAGAUUGAGACAUUGGAAAAUUGAAAUAAUGGCGCUAUGCUCUAACGGCAUGAAGUCUAAAUAAGGAAGAAAUGCUACAUAUGUGACCCUAAUAAAUUGAUGCCAUCGGUGUGCCUAAGUCUAAGGAAAAUAUGAUAAAUGGUUACUUUAUGCCUUCAUGUGAUGACCUAAACCUAGCUAAUUUAGAAGCUUUACCCAAACUUCUAUUAUUUUUUGGUUUUAACAAUGUAUCUCUUAACUCUUCUGGUUAAAGAUUAAUUUAUCGCGAAUUGGAGCUCUAUUUAAGUGUUCAUUGCUGAUUAAUAGGCUACUGUAUGUAUAAGGUAAGAUUCGAACUCCCAAUAUUCCAAAAUAAUUUCAUUUCUAAACUUCUAUUAUUGAUUAGCGCAGCAAUCAUUUCUCUAAAAAGGUUUUAGAAAUAGAAGAAAAUAUAUAAAUAUUAUAAGUAUUAAUAUGGUUACAAAUAAUCUUAUAUUGUAGAGAAAAAAAACAAAUUAUACAAUAAUAAAGAAACUUAUAAAAAUCUUAAUCAAUAUUACAAAAUAUUCAACUUAUCAUAUUAUUAAGGGAUAAAUUUUAAAAAUAUAAAUAUGGAGGAAGAAGUUCAUAAUGUAUAUAAUUUAGUUAACAAAAAUGAGAAAUUGAGAAAGACAAAUUCUCAUUCUCUUCCAUUUGCAUUGGUAAGGCAACUUAUUGAUUGCUUUGACUUUAACAUAAAUACCAUUUAAUUUUAUGCAUGAUCAAAUAAUAAUAAAUGCUAUUUAAUUAAAAAAUUACAAGGCUAAGAUUUUUUGUUAAAAAAAUAAAAAUUUAAUUAAUAAGUUAAUAACUCAAAUAUAAGAGAAAUGAAAAAAAAAUAUUAGUCACUUAACACUUAAGCAAAAUUUAUGCCUCACUAAAUGUCCUCAUUUCAAUAUAUAUAUAUUAGCUUAUAUAUUAGCUUCAAUUUCUCUCUACUUCGCACUCGUUCAUUCCCUUCAAAGAAAAUGAAGCAACAACACAUUGUCUUGUUUUUCUUUAUUCUCCUUGUUUCCUCUUUCUUAGCUUCUGCUCGUCUCCAUGUGGAUUCAAAACAAG